GCCACAUUACUUGGAGAUUUCUAUUCAGAGGCAUUAACAUCACAAACAUUCUCUUAAUUAUUUUCCUCACUUUUUUUGCUUCCCUGAUCAGUACACAAAUAAACAAACACUUACCAGUUAAAAAUAUCCUGAAAUAUUAUAUUAUCCUUAUAUAUAAGUAGUUAAUGCAUAACAUGUCCAUCAGUUAGAUCUGGUGCAACUUUACCCAAUCACAAAGUGCAUGGAUUAAAUCAACAGGAGUGAAGUAGAGGUAUCCAAAAAAAUCUUUAUUUGAAUUUAAAACCAAUGCAUUUGGCACGUUGGCCUUCGUCAGGGUUCAUCAAGGUUCAUGUCCAUCAAGACGUCAAAAUUUUAGGUUAACAUUGGCUACAUUUACAUGUAAACCAAUACUCUGAUUAUUGCAAUAAUGGAAAAAAUGUUUUCUUUUGCCAUGGGGCUAUAGAUGGGGGAGCACCACUGCUGGAAAACGGUGCAUGGAACUGCUGUUUUACAUGAAGCCGAAAAGUAAGUGCAGCUUCUUUUUCGCGAUGUUUUCAAACCUGUGCUUGAUUGGAACAUGAUCUGUCUGCAGCACUGGUGCAGGCGCACUUUGGACAGAGUGGAAGAAGCAUUUACAUGCCUGUAAAAAGUGUAGUCCACAUAUCUUACUGCGAUUAUAAGCAUUACUCUGAUUAUGAGCAUAAUCGCAGUAUUAUAAUCGCAAUAUUAUGUUUACAUGAGCUAAAGUUUAAUCGCAUUAUGAGGGUGCAUGUAAACAUAGCCAUUGAUAUGAAUGUAUAAGAGAAUGUGCAUAUCUAAGGUAUUGUAACUGGGCACCUUUUCUUUGAAGUUUUUCACCAUUUUAAAUCACUUUUUUGCCUUUAACAGAUCAUUUUAAAAGGUUCUGCAGCAGUGUUGUAGUCGAGACCAGCUCAUCCAAGUCCAGGCUGUGACCAGAGUUCGAGUCCAAGUCAAGAUUGAUACCAUUAGAGGGUCGAGUCCGAGUAAAGACCGAGACCAGAAGAGCUCAUUAUCAUCGCGUAUAUAUUUGACUCGAAUGCUGACGUGGAAGUGGCAGCGGAAGUGGUAGCCCUCGUGUAAAGCCCUCCUCGUGUGAAGACCUACUUGUGUAAAGACCAGCGAGUCUACCUGUGCGAGUCCACCGAGCAAGGACACCGACAAGGCGCCACUCACCGUAGCACUUAAGUAUCUUGUUAUUGUAUCUCUUUUCCUUCUAUAUACUAACAUGUCUACUUCAUGAAUAACACAUGCCUUCAAGCACAUCCCUGUUAUCUGUUACAGACCGUUUACACAAUAUCGAUGCAAGACCAAAUGCAACCCACACAACCUACGGCCACUUUGCACUUCAGCACCUGCUCCGCUCUCUUUCUCAGUGGAACUCUGGAACUGCCAGUCAGCAGUGAACAAAGCUGACUUCAUUCCAGCCUUUGCCACGCAGUCCACCCUCAGCAUCCUGGCACUGACAGAAACAUGGAUACGUCCAGAGGAUACAGCAACACCUGCUGCCCUCUCCAACAACUUCUCCUUCUCUCACACCCCUCGACACACCGGUAGGGGUGGGGGAACAGGUUUGCUCAUUCAUAACAACUGGACUUUUUCACCACACUCUUCACUAUGUAACAAUACUAGUUUUGAAUUCCAUGCUAUUACUACAAUGCAACCCACAAAAAUCCAUGUUGUCAUCAUCUAUCGCCCUCCAGGUCAGCUGACAAACUUUCUUGAGGAGUUGGAUGUCCUGCUGUCCUCCUUGCCGGAGGAUGGUAGGCCACUUGUGGUUCUUGGUGAUUUCAACAUACACCAAGACAAGCCCCAGGCCACUGAAUUGAAUACUCUCCUGGCCUCAUUUGACUUGGAAAAACUACACACCACAGCAACUCACAGAUCGGGCAACCAGCUGGACCUCAUCUUUACAUGUAACUGUACCAACUCAAAUAUUCUUGUUACUCCUUUACAUGUCUCUGAUCACUACUUUGUUCAAUUCAACAUGACACUCCCAUCUACAUUAAAACAGACUCCACCAUUGGUUUCCUUUCGCCGUAACCUCCGUUCCCUCUCACCCUCUCGCCUUUCCACUGCUGUCUCUACAUCUCUUCCUACACAAAAUAUAUUUACCACGCUUAAUGUAAACACUGCCACAGACACACUAAGCUCUACUUUAACAACCUGUCUAGACAACAUCUGUCCUAUCUCCACUAGGCCAGCACGUGCUACACCACCCAGCCCCUGGCUGUCUGACGUCCUUCGUGAACAUCGGACUGACCUCAGGGCAGCUGAGAGGAGAUGGCGGAAAUCUAAAGAUCCAUCAGAUCUAGAACAAGCUGCUGGAUGACAAUCAGUCAGGCUUUAAAAGUGGACACUCCACCGAGACCGCCCUGCUGUCUGUCACCGAGUCGCUGAGACAGGCGAAAGCUGAAUCCAGAUCAUCAGUCCUGAUUCUGCUGGACCUUUCUGCAGCCUUUGACACAGUCAACCAUCAGAUAUUACUCUCUACCCUUUCCUCGCUGGGCAUCACAGGAACUGUACUUGACUGGUUUAAUUCCUAUCUCUCAGGUAGGUCC